AUGAAUAAAAUAUUUAUAUCCCUCUUCUUAAUACUCUCACUCUUUAUUUCGACUUCAUAAUCAUUGGAAUCUCCUAAACGUGAAAUUUAGGAUCCCUUUACUCAUGGCGCAAUCUAAUAAAUUUUGAGAAAAGCCUUUGCAGACAACAAUUGCCCACCGGAACAAUCAAAAACUUAUUGCUCAGGUAGUUAGCCAUGCUGCAAGGUUGGAAACAGGUAUGGAUGCUGUCCCUAUUCAUUUGGUGUGUGUUGUGGAGACGGUACCUGUGUACCAAGUGGGGGAAGAUGUUGAAGAAGAAAUAAUCAGUUUUCCAUUAAUUUU